CUAUGGAGGACAAGAUGGUCCUUUCCUUUUAUUUAGCAUUAUUUUUUGGGUUCUCUUUUCCAACACACACUUUUCAUAUCUUGUCUUGACACUCUCCUAAACACCAAACCCUCCAAAAUCCAAAGGCACCACCCCUCAAUCACCUUUGUCGCCAUCUUCACCACCAUCCCUCUAUAUAUAUUCAACAUAGUUCACAAUUCCCCUCAUAUUAUCUACUACUAUAGUACUUCCACUGCUUCCACUACUAACUUAGGUAGUAUUUCCGACUGCAGUUUUUUUUUUUUUUUUCAUCCUUUCGUUACAAACGCCCUCUCAUCUCUCUCUCUCUUGGAUCCCCAAUUCUGUACUUAAGUUCACUAUGACUUCAAGACUUUCAGAGGCCUUCAGAGCCCACCCUGUCCACCUCCAUCAUGGUGACCUAGACUUGGAAUCAGUACGAGAGGUACCCGAUUCACAUGCUUGGCCACAACUGGAUGACUACCCAUCUGUGCACUCAUCGUUUGAUGUUGAGUCAGUGCCAGUAAUCGACCUCUCGGACCCUAAUGCAGUAAAGCUUGUGGGGCAUGCAUGCAAGACGUGGGGUGUCUUCCAGGUCACCAACCAUGGCAUCCCCAUGCGUCUCCUAGAGGAUGUCGAGUCCCACGGCCGGCGCCUUUUCGCUCUCCCUCCCCAGCAAAAGCUCAAGGCUGCACGCUUGCCAGAUGGCAUCUCUGGCUAUGGCCUGGCUCGAAUCUCCUCCUUCUUCCCCAAGCUCAUGUGGUCUGAAGGCUUCACCAUUGUUGGCUCCCCCAUCGAACACGCCCGCCAACUUUGGCCACAAGAUCAUACCAGAUUCUGUGAUGUAAUGGAAGAAUACGGCAAGUGUAUGAAGCAGUUGGCCAGGAAGCUAUUCUGGCUGAUGCUUGGUUCGCUGGGUAUAAACAAAGAUGACAUCAAUUGGGCAAGCCCUCAAGGAGGCGAAUCUGGAGCUAUGUGUGCAGCCUUACAACUGAACUCGUAUCCAGCAUGCCCCGACCCGACCCGUGCCAUGGGCCUUGCUGCUCACACAGAUUCCACCCUGCUGACAGUCCUUUACCAGAACAGCACAAGCGGUUUACAGGUGCUGAGAGAUGGAGCUGGGUGGGUGACUGUACCUCCCCUUCCGGGUGCACUAGUGGUCAAUGUUGGCGACCUCCUCCACAUACUCUCCAAUGGCAUAUUCCCAAGUGUUCUUCAUCGGGCAGUUGUUAACCGGACCCGUCAUCGCCUGUCCGUGGCCUACCUCUAUGGACCGCCGACGAACGCUCAAAUAUCACCCCUCUCAAGCCUAGUCGACCCCAACCAUCCUCCGCUGUAUCGGCCAGUGACAUGGGCCGAGUACCUCGGGACCAAGGCAAAGCAUUUCAACAAGGCACUAUCAUCAGUUCGCCUCUGCAGUCCCCUAAAUGGGUUUGUCGACCUGAAUGAUCACAACAGGGUAGAAGUCAGCUAGCUAGCUGCCUGCAUUGCAAAGCAGAGAGAGCAGGGUCAGCUUCAUCAGCAUGAUUAUGGAUUAUUAUUGAGCUUUUUUUUUUUAAUUGGAUACCCAUGUUCUAGGGAUUCUGGUUGCUUGGACGGUUGUGGGUAAUAAAAAGAGAAUUGGGUUAGUUCCCAUGAGAGGGGCCCAAGGGGAUAAGUUAUAUCAAAUCAUGCAAAGGAAUGCACAACAAACAGUCUCUGUUUUUUCA